AAGCACUAUAGUAGUAGAUUAGAAGGAUCUACACAAAUAAAUUGAUUCAUAACAUAAAUUUUCCUUCACUUUCCAGCAAAAUCAUUUUCUUGUUGAAAAAACAAAAAAACCAAAACCUAACAAGAAAAUGCGCAACAACAAUUCACAAGGUAGCAGAAGCAACAACAACAACAACAACAAUAUGAGCAUUCUAUCUUCCCGAACAAGUUCACGUUCUGUAACAGAAACCGUUAACGGUUCACACAAGUUCGUAAUUAAGGGAUAUUCACUUGCAAAAGGAAUGGGAGUUGGAAAACACAUAGCCAGCGAAACUUUUACCGUCGGUGGUUAUCAAUGGGCAAUUUACUUUUAUCCCGACGGUAAAAAUCCUGAAGAUAAUUCUGCAUAUGUUUCUGUUUUCAUUGCUCUUGCUUCUGAAGGUACCGAUGUUAGAGCUCUUUUUGAACUCACUUUGCUUGAUCAAAGUCCUAAUGCUAAACAUAAGGUUCAUAGUCACUUUGAUCGAUCUCUUGAAAGUGGUCCUUAUACUCUCAAGUAUAGAGGCAGCAUGUGGGGUUAUAAGCGGUUUUUCAAACGUGCUCAACUUGAGGCCUCGUCCUUCCUUAAGGAUGACUGCUUGAAGAUAAACUGCACUGUUGGUGUUGUUGUGUCGUCCAUAGAUUGUUCCAAACUGACCACCAUACAUGUGCCUGAAUCUGAUAUUGGAUCGCAUUUUGGCAUGCUGUUAGAGAAUGAGGAAGGAUCUGAUGUUACUUUCUCUGUUGGUGGAGAAAGGUUUCAUGCACACAAGCUUGUUAUGGCAGCUCGGUCACCUGCAUUUGAAGCUGAGUUUUUCAAUCAGAUGGAGGAAGAUGACUGUGAUAUAGUUGUUACAGACAUGGAACCUAAGGUUUUCAAGGCUUUGCUUCAUUUUAUUUAUAAAGACACUCUUAUAGAAGAUGAAGAGUUCUUCAUGUCACGCUCAUCAUUCCUGUCUUCAAUAUCUGAAACAUUUGCAGCAAAAUUAUUAGCUGCUGCGGAAAAGUAUGAUUUGCCUAGACUUAAGCUGAUGUGUGAGUCUGUACUUUGCAAAGAAAUCUCUAUAGAUUCUGUUGCCUAUAUUCUGGCUCUUGCUGAUCGCUAUCAUGCUACGGAGUUGAAGUCCAUCUGUCUACAGUUUUCUGCUGAAAACCUUGUUGCUGUGAUGCAGUCUGAUGGUUUUGAGUAUCUAAAGGAAAACUGUCCGUUGCUGCAAUCAGAACUGCUUAAGACAGUUGCAGGAGGCGAAGAGGAAUUUAGUGGAGAAGGAAAAUGCCGAAGCGUGUGGGCCCAAGUUUCUGAUGGCGGUGAGACUGUAAGACAACAAACCUGGGAAAACGGAGUUGAAAGAGGUCAGAACUUAUGGGUUAACCUUUCUGAUGGCGUUAACAAUGAUAGGAGUCCAGGGCAAGAAGCUUGACAAAGUAAGCUAGCAUUCCUCUUUAGUUAGGUUCAAGUAUAGAUUACACUCCAUUGCAGGGACAGGGACAACAAUAACCCCCUAUUUGUAUGGAGAAGGGGGUAGGAACUCAAAACAAUGUAAAGGAGGCUGAGAUACAGCCACCACUGUAACAAGAUUGUUAUUGUUUUUCUUUUUAUUGAUUAUAUGAUUACAAGGAUUGAUUGGUAGCAAUAAGUAAUGACAUUGAUCAUUGUAUGGAAGUUUUUGUUGUCUGUUACAUUAUAAAUGACACUGGUCUUAUUUCUUCAAA